CGGCGGGGUACUCGGAACCCGACAGCCGGUGGGUCCAGGCCAUGGGGCAGCCCUGGGCGGCGGGGAGCGCGGAGGGGUCGUCCGCGCGGCUGCCCCUCGUGCUCACUGCGCUGUGGGCCGCGGCUGUGGGCCUGGAGCUGGCCUAUGUGCUGGUUCUGGGUCCCGGGCCGCCCCCGCUGGGACCCCUGGCUCGGGCCUUGCAGCUAGUGCUGGCCGCCUUCCAGCUGCUCAACCUGCUGGGCAACGUGGGGCUCUUCCUGCGCUCCGACCCCAGCAUCCGGGGCGUGAUGCUGGCCGGCCGCGGUCUGGGCCAGGGCUGGGCUUACUGCUACCAGUGCCAAAGCCAGGUGCCACCACGCAGUGGGCACUGCUCCGCCUGCCGCAUCUGCAUCCUUCGUCGGGAUCACCACUGCCGCCUGCUGGGCCGCUGCGUGGGAUUCCACAACUACCGGCCCUUCCUGUGCUUGCUGCUUCAUGCUGCGGGCGUCCUGCUCCACGUCUCUGUGCUGCUGGGCCCUGCCCUGUCGGCCCUCCUGCGAGCCCAUGCGCCCCUCCACACCGCCGCCCUCCUCCUGCUGCCCUGGCUGAUGCUGCUCACAGGCAGAGUGUCUCUGGCGCAGUUUGCCUUGGCCUUUGUGACCGACACGUGCGUGGCAGGUGCACUGUUGUGCGGGGCCGGGCUGCUCUUCCAUGGGAUGCUGUUGCUGCGGGGCCAGACCACGUGGGAGUGGGCUCGGGGCCAGCACUCUUAUGAUCUGGGCCUUGGCCACAACCUGCAGGCGGCCCUGGGGCCCCGCUGGGUCCUUGUCUGGCUCUGGCCCUUCCUGGCCUCCCCCUUGCCUGGAGACGGGAUCACCUUCCAGACCGCAGCUGAUGUGGGUCUCACGGCCUCCUGAGUCCAGGAGGAGCCAGAAUUGUUCAGGGAGAGGGGAGUAGGAGAGGGGGCUCCUACUCAUCUCAGGCCCGCCCCUCGCCUCCGGAGGGGAGGUGCAUUGGUACUUAAUGCCUUUCGGCAACUCCAGUCCCGUCCUUGGCCUUGCCCCUGCCCAGCUUGGACUCCAGUGUCCAGGGCUUGGGCUCCGCAUCUCUGCCUCCGUUGACCCUCUAGUAUAGUGGUGGGUUUGGCAAGGGGCUGCUUGACCAGCCUGAUCACCCCUUAGCCAGGUUAAUGAAGCACCCCCUUGCGUUCUUGGACUCCCUCCCUCUUUCUGGGUUUCUCGUCCCUCCCUGUUGCCAGGGCUGCUGUUUAUGGUUCCUCUCAUUGUCAGGCACGGGACCCACAGGACGCCUGAGGGCGUGAGGGGCCAGGGCUCUGCCUCCUGUGGCCUUGGCGGGGGCAGACCUGGGGCACAGAAGGCCUGGGCGGCACAUAGUGAUCCAGGGAACGGGGAUGCAACAUUCUUUCCCUGGUUCAGCGCUUUGUAAUUAGAAGCAUCACCACGGCACUCUCCCUGCCUCUCUUUGGCUAAUCUGGCACCAGGGGCAGCAAUUAUGAGAGCUGAUGUGAUAAGAUCAUGGGGCAGUGAAUGGAGGAGCCGGGAUUUGAACCCAGAUCGUUACGCUUUCCCCUUCACCUUGCACAGCUGAGGAAAGUGGGUAGCAAAAUCAAGGCAGAGGAAUCAGGUGGAGAUGUUCAGGCCUCUGAAGGAUGGUUCUCAAGAGGCUAAGCUCCUCCACUCUGGACUCUCUGCAUCUACCUGUUAAACAGUUUUAUUUAUAUACAGUAAAUAGACUCCCCGUUAAAUGUGGCAAGUUUAAACACAUGGGUUUACCUCUCUUUCCUCUUAAAAUCUAAAACGAGUGUAAAGAAAUAAAAGAUAUAAAUUUACAAGUAAGAAAGUAAGUAGAAGGGAGACUGUAAUAGACCAAAGAACCUGAUGAUGUUGUGAACGAUGGGAAGUGGAUGGAGGCUCAUUCAUUUACCCUCGUAGCAGGGAGUUAGAAGGUAAUUAAAUGUUCCUAGAGGGAGGGCCUGAGAGGCAGCCAGAUUACUCCCUCCCCA